GAAAGAACACAAAUCACUCCCGUUUGAACAAGGGAGAGCAACGAGGGAUCUGCCGCCGCGAGGGUCCACCUCUCUUUCUUGAUUUCAUAUUGCUCGUUCAUUUAGAUCUGAUCAUAGAAUAAGCUUUGUGUGUGUGUGGGAGAAAGCGAAAAGAAAGACAAAUAAAGCAAAAGCCAGCCUUCGGAUGAUGACAUCUGAUCUAGCCGACCGCAAAGGCUGUUUUGAUCCUAUUGUUUCUUAACGUGACAUUAGAGGGGUUUUUCUUGACAAGCUGCGCUCUCUUGACAGAAGAGUCCAACGUCUGAUAGCACGCGCCUCUCUGCGCUCCGCUGGUCGUCGCGCGGUGCUCCCAAACCUGGAUGCUGACACCUUGCGUCUCUUAUGACACGUUAAGAUUUUUUUUUUUUUUUUUUUUUUUUUUUUUUGCUUUUCUGUUUCACAGAGGAAGCGGCAUUAGAGUGAAACGCAGAGACACCUGCCCACCCGUAGACCUCUAAGCUAUCUUCUUCUUCUUCUUUUUUUUUUUUUUUGCACCGAGCGAUCGAAAGGAGAAGAGACUUAAGACAAACUGUAAGAGUGUCAGGAAGAAGUCCGUUUUCAUGUUUGGCAUUCAGGAGAGCAUUCAAAGGAGUGGGAGUAGCAUGAAAGAGGAGCCUGUCGGCGCUGGGAUGAACGCUGUCCGAACAUGGAUGCAGGGUGCCGGGGUACUGGAUGCGAACACAGCCGCUCAGAGCGGUGUAGGUCUUGCCCGGGCGCACUUCGAGAAGCAGCCCCCUUCGAAUCUACGGAAAUCCAAUUUCUUCCAUUUCGUUUUGGCUCUGUACGACAGACAAGGACAGCCCGUGGAAAUCGAAAGAACGUCUUUUGUUGGAUUUGUGGAAAAGGAAAAGGAACCUACCGGGGAAAAGACAAAUAAUGGGAUACAUUACAGAUUGCAGCUUCUCUACAGCAACGGCAUAAGGACAGAACAAGAUUUCUACGUACGUUUGAUUGACUCCAUGACUAAACAGCCUAUCAUUUAUGAGGGUCAAGACAAGAAUCCGGAGAUGUGCCGAGUGCUAUUGACACACGAGAUCAUGUGCAGCCGCUGCUGUGACAAGAAAAGCUGUGGAAACCGUAACGAGACACCCUCUGACCCCGUCAUCAUAGACAGGUUUUUCCUGAAGUUCUUCCUGAAGUGCAACCAGAACUGUCUAAAGAACGCAGGGAAUCCACGAGACAUGCGGCGCUUCCAGGUGGUCGUGUCCACGACAGUCAGCGUGGACGGUCACGUCCUGGCCGUGUCCGACAACAUGUUUGUGCACAACAACUCCAAACACGGUCGCAGAGCUCGCCGACUGGACCCUUCGGAGGGCACCCCCUCGUACCUGGAGCACGCCACUCCCUGCAUUAAGGCCAUCAGUCCCAGUGAGGGCUGGACCACCGGCGGCGCUACCGUUAUCAUCAUCGGAGACAACUUUUUUGACGGGCUGCAGGUCAUUUUCGGCACCAUGCUUGUCUGGAGCGAGCUCAUCACCCCUCACGCCAUCCGGGUGCAGACCCCACCCAGGCAUAUCCCCGGGGUGGUGGAGGUGACCCUGUCCUACAAGUCCAAGCAGUUCUGCAAAGGCACGCCCGGCCGGUUCAUCUACACAGCACUGAACGAACCCACCAUUGACUACGGCUUCCAGCGGUUACAGAAGGUCAUCCCCCGACACCCUGGCGACCCAGAGCGCCUACCAAAGGAAGUGAUUUUGAAGAGAGCAGCAGAUCUGGUAGAAGCCCUGUACGGGAUGCCACACAAUAAUCAGGAGAUCAUCUUGAAGAGGGCGGCAGACAUCGCCGAGGCGCUUUACAACGUCCCGCGCACCCACAACCAGCUGCCCGGCCUGGCCAACAGCUCCGUGCACACCGGCAUGAUGGGCGUCAACUCCUUCCACGGGCAGCUCGCUGUCAACGUCUCCGAGUCCACGCAGGCGGCCAAUCAGGGUUUCAGUCGGAACACGAGCAGCGUGUCCCCUCACGGCUACGUGCCCAGCUCCACGCCCCAGCAGAGCAGCUACAGCACGGUCAGCACCAGCAUGAACGGCUACGGCAGCACCGGCAUCACCACGCUGGGAGGCUCGCCCAACUUCCUCAACGGCUCGGCCGCCAACUCCCCAUACGCCAUCGUCCCCUCCAGCCCCACCAUGGCCUCCUCCACCAGCCUGCCCUCCAACUGCAGCAGCUCCUCGGGCAUCUUCUCCUUCUCGCCGGCAAACAUGGUGUCGGCCGUCAAGCAGAAGAGCGCCUUCGCACCCGUGGUGCGACCCCAGGCCUCGCCCCCGCCCACCUGCACCAGCGCCAACGGCAACGGUCUCCAAGUAGAUCAGUCUUUUGUGGACUCUAGCAAGUAUUCCACAGCCAGCUCCCUGCAGGGUCUCGCCUUCUCCUGAACGAUACCAGGGAUGAUCGUCCCUCCCAUGUAGUGGCUCUUGGUCUGCAGGUGAGACACAUUUGAUAGCGGCUCACACUAGAAACCCCCAAGGCCUGGACCGAAGGCGUCUCCAUGUGGGCAGAGGAAAAAAAAAAAAAAAAAAAAAAAGCUAACAGAGAAACCCGGACUUUGAAAACUCAGGCCUUUUUAAACGGAAUCUCACAUAAUGAGAAAAGAAGGAUGCGUGAUGGUGGUUUGAUUUUUCUAAAUCCAUUUUUAAACUUCUCUGCGGAAGGACACAGUCCUUAUGAACUGCCCGUGGGGAGGGAGUGCCAGCCCCUCCCACUCUGCUCAUGAGCUUUUUUGAUGAAGUUAACGUCAUGCUUUUUAUACUGACUUUGCCACACAUAUGACACUAUAAGAGCUGUUUUGACUGUAGUGAUCCUGGAAGCUGAAUGUUGUGUAGCACUGAAGGAAAACAGUACUGUUUUAACAGAUCAGCACAUUAUCCAAGCGAAUAACAAAUGAAUACUGAUUUCAAGAUUGUGUAUCCCAAACAAAAACAGUACUGGCCAACUAUGUACACAGGUGUUUUCUGUACAAGCAAGAUGAGGGUGAAUUCCUUGUUCUGGCACCAGUUAGCGUCAACAAAUGCUGUUUGCCAUUGUUUUUGGUUUUUUGUUUUAGGUUACCCUGCCAUAUUCGAUCAUCAUCUUUGUUGAUUGUCCAGGUACAAGAAUAUUUGAUUAUCCAUGUCUUUAUGGACAGGAGAACACUUUAGAAGGUUGCCCUGAUUUUCAGUAGGUCCGUGGCUCACUGCGGAGAGUCCAGGAGAGGUCACACUCCAGAAGAGAGAGCCACGUCUGGUUCAGAGAGAUGAGCGUUCGACGCACGGAUCUGAUGGAACUGAAAGCAAUCAUUUAUAUUUGUACAAAAUCACUUGCUGCUAAUCUGUGCGGGAAAAAGCAGUAAACAGAACAAAAAGCAAAAACGAAAAGAAAGAAGACAGACGUACACUAUGAGUUGCUGUGUUAUAGGAGCUUUCACACUUAAAGCCAUAAGCAGCCAAUCAGAUUCAAUUGAUCCUUCUUUUUUUCGCUCUUCAUUUAUUUAAAAUUAAAAAAAAAAAAAAACAUACAAAGGUGGAGACUGUGAUUGUGACCGUUACUCCACGUGUUGGGUUUGCUGUGUCAGGAGCCAGCAUGCGUGUGUGGGGCCAACUGCUCGAACCAACCUCUCUUUCUUCUCUUUUAAGUUUCGUCUUUUUGUGACCAUGAAGGAAAUGACUUGAAUAAGCAGAGGAUGUUGAUAUUUAGCCAGCACUGUAACAGCCUGCUCUUGGAAACGUGUCAAACACCCCAACAAACAGCAGUUUGAUUGGUUCCCUUUUGUAGUCCUAUAAUUUGUACAUAAGCUUUUUUUUUUUUUGCCAAAAUUGUUAAAUAUAUUUAUAUCGAAAUGUCUUAAGGCAGCUUGUCAGUUUAAUAUCUCCAAUGAUCUGUCUACUGCAUACCCUCACCAACUUUAGCAAGGAAAA